GUAGUAGCUUUACUACAGAGAAAUACAUUCUACUACGCUCUACUACGCGCUACUACACUCUACUACAGGCUACUACAGGCUACUACAGGCUACUACACUCUACUACAGAGAAAUACAUUCUACUACGCUCUACUACACGCUACUACACUCUACUACAAGCUACUACAGGCUACUACACUCUACUACAGAGAAAUACGCUUUACUACAGAGAAAUACAUUCUACUACGCUCUACUACACGCUACUACGCUCUACUACACGCUACUACACUCUACUACAGAGAAAUACGCUUUACUACAGAGAAAUACAUUCUACUACGCUCUACUACACGCUACUACACUCUACUACAAGCUACUACAGGCUACUACACUCUACUACAGAGAAAUACGCUUUACUACAGAGAAAUACAUUCUACUACGCUCUACUACACGCUACUAUGCUCUACUACACGCUACUACACUCUACUACAGAGAAAUACGCUUCACUACAGAGAAAUACAUUCUACUACGCUCUACUACACGCUACUACACUUGUGCUUUAUGGAGAAUAGCACAUCAUUAUCUCCACAAGGCUUGGGAACGUACAUAGAGCAAAAAAAGAUGCCGAGUAAAAUUUCAGGAAAGUGUGAACUCUGUAUCACCAAAGAUGCUUUGUAUAGAUGUCCACAGUGUUAUGUCAAAUAUUGCUCAUUGGGAUGUUAUAAACCACACAAAGAGAAAUGUUCACCGAAACAGCCUUCACAAGUUUCGACACCACAAAUAACAUCAAAUAUGUCAAUGCCACAGCUUCACUUGCAGUUGAGUGAAGAAGAGGAAGGGACAGAUCGAGUCAGAAGUGAAGUAUUAGCACGUUUAGGUGAAUCGAAAGAAUUAAAAACAAAAUUAUCAAACGAUUAUCUGAAAGAUAUGCUAAAAGACAUUGUAGCUUCUCAUGAACCGUCGAAUUUAAUAGAAAAGUGUAUGCAGAUUCCAAUAUUCAAUGAAUUUGUGGAUGAAUGCCUGAAUGUUGUCGAACCGUCAAAAGAUGUUUUGAUCACGUAAUGCUAGCCGUCCUUAAACUGUUGAGCAUAUAUAGAAGCGAUAUUUUUCUACGAAAUGGAUAUAACGUUUGAUACAACUUUAACCUAGACCAAGAAGACGCAACAUUACUUCAUCCGCCAUAUUGACUGUAUUGUACACAAAACUACACGAGAAUAUGUGGUGGUCUUAUUCUAGUCGCCAGUACUACAAAUAUAUUGUAUCAGUUUUAAAAUAUUCAUUUUGAAUGACGUGAUUGCAAAGCUA